AUGACUGUGUGUGGAAUUUGCUCGGGCAAGGUUAGUCGGAAUCAACCAGUGAUUUUUUGUGAUGGUUUUUGCAACUGCGAAUUUCACGGCAGCUGUUGCGAUGUUCCUGCCGAUAUUUUAAAAUUCCUAAGGAAAGUUCCCGGAUUAAAAUGGACCUGCCCAAAUUGUACAAUCUUAGCUCAAAAAGAUAAUUUUGUUAAAAUCGAAGAGAAGUUUGAAGUAAAAUUGAAACAAAUAUCUGAUGAAAUGGAAACUACUAUAUCAGAAAUGAAAAAAGAUUUUAUAAAAAUGGCUGAAAAUAAAUUAAAUGAAGUUACUUGUUCAAUUAAGGAGGUGCCGUCAAUGAGUUCCAAUAUUAAAUCAUUUUCAGCUGCAUUAAAAACAAAGCCGUCUAUACUUAUCAAACCUAAAAAUACAUUGCAAAAAAAUUUCGAAACAAGAGGCGAAAUACUUCAUGAAAUAAAUCCGAUUCAAAAUCAGUUAUCAAUUUCUACAGUACGUAAUAUAAGUAAGGGUGGAGUAAUAAUUGGAUGUGAUAAUGACAUGGAAUUAUGCAAACUAAAAGAAAUGGCUAAUGGAAAAUUAUCUGAAAAGUAUGAUAUUAGCGAUGUAAAGAAAUUAUCUCCAAGAAUCCGUCUUGUCGGAAUGUCCGAGAAACUCUCCGAAGAUGUUUUACUUUCCUAUUUAACUAAUCAAAAUAAAUUCAUUUUUAAUGAAAUCUCCGAGUGUAAAGUUAUUAAAAUAUGGCCAACAAAAAAUAACAAAAAUAUUUAUCAGGCUGUCUUGCAAGUCGAUUCUACGACCUACAACAAACUUAUGUCUGUGUCUAAAGAUAAAUUGCUGGUAGGUCUUAAUUAUUGUAGUGUAUAUGAUUCUGUGUAUGUUUUAAGAUGCUUUAAGUGUAAUGGAUUUAACCACUUAUCUAAAGACUGUAGCAACCAAAAUAAUAGCUGUCCUAGAUGCGCACAGGAACAUCUACUUGAAGAAUGUAAAGCAACUGACACAGAAUUAAAAUGUAUUAACUGCACAAAUCUUAAUAACAUUAAUAAAUCACUGAAAUUGGAGGUAAGUCACGCUGUAUGGGAUUCAAAGUGUUAUGUAUUUAAUCAGAAAGCUAAGGAAUACAAAUCCAAAAUAUUUAGUUCUUAG